AUGGAAGUCGAGGGUGGAGCAGAGCUCUGCUUUCCAGAACUCCUCAACGCCUCCUGCAGGAAGCCGACACCUCCCGGGUCUGAAGCUGUGCUCCUGAACAUUCUGCUGUCCUCCGUCUCUGUGCUCACUGUAGCUCUCAACCUGCUCGUCAUCAUCUCAAUCUCCCACUUCAGGCAGCUCCACACACCCACUAACAUCCUCCUCCUCUCUCUGGCUGUCUCAGACUUUCUCGUGGGCCUCCUGCUGAUGCCGGUGGAAAUCUUCCUUUCAACAACCUGCUGGAUUUUUGGUGAUCUGCUGUGUUCUCUCUAUCAUUAUGUGCCCUUGAUCAUUACCUCUUCUUCAGUAGGACAUGUGGUGCUCAUAUCUGUCGACCGUUACGUGGCUAUUUGUGACCCUCUGCAUUACACCACCAGAGUCACUGUGACAAGAGUCAAACUCUGUGUGUGUGUGUGCUGGUUCUGUUCUAGUCUCUACACCAUUCUCUUUUCAGAGGUUGACCCUACUCAACCACAAAGUCAGUCAUGCUACGGAGAAUGUGUCAUUCUCCUUGGAUAUAUUACAAAGUUUAUUGACCUUGUUUUGACCUUUAUUCUUCCCAUUUCUGUCAUCAUAAUUCUGUACAUGAUUGUAUUCAUGGUGGCUGUGUCUCAGGCUCGUGCCAUGCGCUCUCACGUUACAGCCGUCACACUCCAGCCCUCAGUGGCUCUAACAACAAAGAAAUCAGAGCUGAAAGCAGCCAGGACUCUCGGUGUUCUUGUAGCUGUGUUUCUGAUGUGUUUCUGCCCGUACUACGGUGUUUCUCUUGCAGGGGACAAUUUUUUCAACAAUUCACCAGUGUACCAUGUGCUGUAUCUGCUGUACUUUAACUCCUGUGUGAACCCUGUCAUCUACGCCUUGUUUUACCCCUGGUUUAGAAAAGCAGUUAAACUCAUUGUGACUCUUCAGAUCCUGCAGCCUGGUUCCCGUGAGGCCAACGUACUGUAG